CCCUUCGGCGUAUGAUAUAAACGUACCGCGAGAGCGAUUCAAAAGCAUACGAAGCAGUCUGCUCUCGCAGUGCUUUGGCGUCAUAAGCCGAUCAGUCUGCACGGCGCCGCAUGAUUCAUUUUACAGAAGAGUUGCUGUCGAAACUAGGAUUAGUUUUGAUAACAAGAGUAGACAGUCAUGUGACUUCAAUAACAAUGGACACAUUUUACGAGAUCCUCCCUACAGGAGUUUCUGUCCUGUUGCUUUUAUUACUCUUUUAAAAAGUGUUACCUAAACAAGAACACCAUUUCCAGCGCUGAGUUUGGUAGGGCUGCUCACCUGCCAUGAGAACACCUGCGAUUUUUAUUUGCGGGUUGGUGCUCGCACCCUGCGGGUGGAUAUUAGACCUGACGAGCACCGUGGCACCAAGCUGGCGCACCAUCCAUAAUAUCGCAGGAGAAUCGAGUGAUGUGGUUAUACAGCAAGGAAUCUGGGACAUUUGCAAGACAUUUACAUCAUCCCGGGAUAUUCAGUGCAACCAGCAGGACACACAAUACUUUAGCAAUCAGAUCAUCAAGAUUGCGCAGGGGUUGAUGUUGGCAUCACUUAUUCUCAAUGUUAUAGCCAUUGGCGUGGCAUCUGCUGGAGUCAGAUGUUGGACCGAUACACCACACUGGACAGUCGCUGGGAUCGGCGGUCUUUUCAUCUUCAUCUCAGGGGUCCUCGCCAUCAUUCCAGUGGCGUGGUAUACUCACAUUAUGACCUCGAUCAGUUCUCCGUCCACCGACAUUCGUGUAGGAUAUUGCUUGGUGUUGGGCUUCAUCGGCGGCAUUAUGGAAGUGAUUGGAGGUUUGGUGAUGUCCAUCGGUUUAUGUCGGUGUUGUGGCGAUCAGUACCGCGGGAACAGGGCGAAAACAGAUGUGCUUAAGUCCACGCGCGAUCCAUCUCCACUCCGUAGGGUAACUGUCCCGAGUGUGAGCAGCAGCGCCAGCAGUGUCCCAUAUUAUUACUCCAAAGAUACCGAAGUAGACUUUCCCAGGGCGAAAAGACAGCCGGACAGUAGACCUGUGAACACUGCUUACACAACAAAACCAUAUGAUUCUGAUUUGUAAAACGCACACACAUUUUCAAACCGACGGCAUUUACAUAAAACAAUGCUUAAACAAUAUCCUAUCGCAAAUAUAAGGAUUGGUUUUAAUGGAAACUAUGAUGGUUGCUUCCAUUAUUUACCUCUAUUGUAAGUCGCUUUGGAUAAAAGCGUCUGCUAAAUGACUAAAUGUAAAUGUCUCUGUGGGUCUCUACUGGUAAUGUAGAACUGCUAAUAGGAACCAAAAGAACACCGGUAGAUUCUACUGAAAUAUAACACAAAACACGCUACAUUUGGUAGUUUUUAAACGAUUGGAUUUUGUUCAUGGUAUUCUCAGUGGAAACCAUUUUAUAUUUUCUGCCUACUCUUUAAGGCAGUCACCAUAUUAACUGCGUAAAAUGUCAUACUUACUGCACCACAGUUUAACCAAAGUAAUAUAGGCCUAGUAAACUGUAUUGUCUUUCUUAUGUGUAAAAGUUGAAAUUCAUUUUUAUGUUACUGCAUGGUGACUUGGCUCAUGCAAGUUACACGUUUUGGGUAGUCAGACGUGAUCUCAUGUUUUUAAUGUGAUGUCACUGGAUGUGUUCAAUAUUUAGAUAAUGCUAGUUUUAUGUAGCCUAUAAGCAUCACAGGUGUGUCAGGUUUUCAAAAUAUCUGUAGGAGAACCAAACACUAUUCUUUUAUACUUUUAGUAUGCUAUUGUCAGGCCGUCAUAAUUUGGAAUGCAGUCCUACCUCCAUUGUCACUUGACUUUUUGAAGAACUUUAAGAUUUGUAAUCUGUAUUGUAUAAAUGUUUAUUUUUCAGGAACCUUUUGAGUUUGUGCAGUUAUACAUAGGCCUACUACAAAAGGCAAAUACAUUUAUCUAAGAACUUUAAUCUUUGAAAAGCAUUAUAGCCUACAUAAAAGGCAACAAUUGUCGCAGUAACAUAUAAUUUGGUCAGCGGGGUCAGAGGAGGCGGGAGGCAGAGAAAAAUAUCAUAGCUAAAGCUUUCAAAUGAACACUUAUUCACAUUCUUAAAGUUGUUAACACCUUGAUGAUGACCAUAAAUGCAUAGAGAUAUUUUAUUAUUUUAUUUUUCUUUUGUUUUGCGUGAUAACAGGCGACAUCACAUUGCAUUAUACGCAGUGUCAAAUCACGCAAUGUCAUUUGCUUCCGUAAAAAGUGCUUCCAAAAACAGGCCUAAGGGAGGAAAAAUUUAAAUUGAAAGUAUCGAUCUGUCAUAACCAAAACCAAUAAGCUGUUAUUAUCACGCUUAUCAAGCUUGCCAUUGAGACUUUAGCCAGCAUGACUGUAAACUCGUGAGUCUGUUGGUUUUUACAAAGUAAUGAAAAGACUUAAUAAUCACAACAACCCAAGAGAAAAUCUCCUGUUUAAAAAAAUAAUUAUUGUGUUGUAUGUGUCAGUUAUUGGAUGACACUGUGUGGUUUGCUCUAAUAAAUACGGAAAUAUAGGCCUACAAUGUCGUCACGUUUUAUUCGGAUCAGGAGCAUAUUUAGCAAAUAGGUUUAAUAGUGAUCAAUCUCUGUUUAUUUCCACCACUCCCUCUGGUGUUCACAAGAGUGAGAUAAAAGACCUCUGUAUCAGUUAUUUUAGAGUAGGCCUAUGUGGUAAUUUUGUACCUGACAUGCACCCAUCAAUGUUGUUUAUUUUCCUGUAUUUUAUGAUUAUCGAUGUGAUGGCUCACGAAGGAGAACUAUGAUUUUGGAGUAUAUUAAUUACUGAGUGAUAUAAUAUAUACACAUAAUAAAAAAUAUUUUUAAAUGA